AUGCACCUCAAAGCAAUCCAUGUCUAUAUAUGUCUAGGCUUCGUUGAAUCUCGAUUAGUAUAUACCAAAUCUGAACUCUCGACUUAUCCUAUUCCUGCUAGCCAACCUAGCGACGUCGAAUCUCACAUUGAAGUUUUGCUUUCUAAAGAAUCUGAUUACAGCUUAAAACAGCUUUGGAUCACUAAAAAUGGUCACUUGAAAAAUUUACCUACUGUCGAUGGGACCGUUAACAAUUUAUCCUCACUUGAUGUGUCUAGGGAAAAAGGGGAGGGCCUCUUAGGUAAUCCUACAGAGAUUGCCUCUAGCAAUAAACGAAAGAGCUUCAGCGCGAUUCAAAGUAUCAUCGACAACUACGAUGUUGUAGACGAGUCAAAGGAAGCCACAUACAACAGUCCAAAGACCAAAACAGAAAAGCGCGCCGACCCGGGUCUUAUUCCUAAAUCUCGAAGAAAACCCAAGAAGAAAUCUUCAAAACUGUUGAAAAGAGAAACGAAAUCAGGCAUUCGCAGACGCUUACCAGGUAGACAAGCUAGAGCCGGAUUACCAAAUCGAGGCGGCCAAAGAGGACAAAGAGUAAAUAAUUUGAAUGCGAAGAAUUCAAAAUUAAGAAAUCAAAGACAAGGCACGUUACGAAAAUUUUCCAGGGCUAAGAGCACGAAAAAAAUUACACCCACUUCAAAAGCUAAAACAACUCGAAAACAAAAACAAUUGGAUACACAGGACACAGACCGCAGCUUAAAAACCAUACCCCAAGAAAAAGAUUUACCUAUCAAGGAUGGGAUCCCCGCUGUCGCUAAGAAGAAAAAUGUCGCUGCUCCUGUGGCUGGCGCUAAAGAUAAUGAUAACAUAUCAACUGACACAAAGUCACCAGAUAAGGGAGAUAAAACCAUAGAAAAAUCUCUAGCAAGUAAAAAUGGAGUGAAAAGUGCCGUUGUUGGUGGAGCUAUACCAGCUCCUGGCAAGAAAGAUGUCGACGCUGAUCCUAUUGACCCUGCAAUCUCUAAAAAUGGAAAGAAUCCUACCGAUAAAGAUACCGUCGGCAAGGGCGUCGCUGGUGGUGCUAUUGUUGGUGGUGCAGCUGCUGGUGGUGCAGCUCUAGCUGGUGGCGCACUAACAGGUAAUGCUCUAACUGGUAAUGGUGUUGCUCCUGGUGGCAGUACUCCUGGUAGUACUGCCCCUGGUAGUACUGCUCCUGUUCCUGGCACCAAAGAUGUCGACCCAAAUUCCGCCACCGGCAAGAAAGACGACAACGAAUCAGUUAACACUAACCCCCAGCGUGGUGCCAACAAUCUUGAUGACGAUGAUGAUAUUCCUACAGGUCCUAACAAUGGUCGCAAUAGGGGCCAAAACUCAGGCGGGUUUGACGAUGAUUUCCCAAAUCAAGGCGGAUUUCAAGGGAAUAACGGCGGCGGUAACUCGCAGUUGGUUGCUCAAACAUUGGCUUCUACUCUUCCCAUGUUAACCAUACCGCUAGCCACUGGCGGCUUUGGUGGUGGUGGUGGAAUGGGAAUGAACGAUGGAAUGGGAAUGGGUGGUGGCUUUGGAGACUCCAUGGGAGGUGGUAUGGGCGGCGGUAUGGGCGGUGAUAUGAGUGGAGGUCUGGGUGGAGGUAUGGGUGGUGGUAUGGGUGGUGGUAUGGGUGGUGGUAUGGGUGAUGGAUUGGGUGGGGAAGGCGUAGCUGGAGGCGCUGGGGAUAUUGGUGGAGGCGGUGCAGAUGGGUCUGGCGCCGCUGGUGAUCUUGGUUCAGAAGCAGAGCCUGGGACUGAAGCUGGAGGGCUUGAAUCACCAGUCAGCAAAAAGAAAAAAGGGGCUGGAUUAGAUGAGGAUCCCGACAAUGCUUCUACUGAGGAACAAGGAUCUACUACAAAAUCUGGCUCGAAAUCAGGUCAAGAAAGCAAAGAUGAUGCUGAAGAUACUACCGCCACUCAGGACUCUGGAGCCUCUUCCAAAGCUAGUUCGAAAACUACCCCAAAACCUGGCUCCAAAUCUAGUCAAGAAAAUACUGGCGAAGCCGAUGAUACCACUUCCGCCGAAGAUUCUGGAACUGCUUCAAAAUCAAAUUCGAAGUCUAGCUCUAAGGCCAGUGCCGACACCAGCAGCUAA